UUCUCGAGGCGGCGGAAGUGGGGGAACGCCGACGUCCUCGUGCACGUGCGUGGGAGCGCGCGUGUGCGUGUAGCGGCGCAGUGAUGGCAGGGGAGCAGCCGACGCUCAGACAGGAAUGAGAACUUGUCGGGGAUGGCGGACAAACCUCUGACACUGUUCGUGAAGCUGUUCGCCGCCGGGUUUUACGGUCUGAGCUCGUUUCUCAUCGUCGUGGUGAACAAGAGCGUCCUCACCAACUACAGGUUCCCUUCGUCAAUAUGCGUCGGAAUUGGACAGAUGUUGGCCACUGUGGUUGUGCUGUGGGUGGGCAAGGCAGUGAAGGUGAUCAGCUUCCCAGACUUUGAUGAGAGCAUACUGCGCAAGACGUUUCCUCUACCUCUCCUUUAUGUUGGAAAUCAAAUCACUGGGCUGUUUGGAACCAAAAGGCUAAAUCUGCCGAUGUUUACUGUUCUUAGGAGGUUCUCCAUCCUAUUCACGAUGCUGGCAGAGGGAUUUCUGCUCAAGAAGAAGUUUUCAAGGCCAGUCCAGCUGACAGUAUUUACAAUGAUCCUUGGGGCGUUUAUAGCGGCAGUUGCUGACUUGUCAUUUGACCUUCAGGGCUAUGUGUUCAUACUCCUGAACGACGUAUUGACUGCAGCCAAUGGAGCCUAUGUUAAACAAAAAUUAGAUGCAAAGGAGUUGGGGAAAUAUGGUUUAUUGUAUUAUAAUGCAUUAUUUAUGAUAUUUCCUACUCUGCUGUUGGCUCAUAUGACUGGAGAUAUGCAGAAGGCAGUGGAAUAUGAAGGCUGGGCAGAUGUGUUUUUUCUCACACAGUUCAUCCUCUCAUGUAUCAUGGGAUUUGUUCUGAUGUAUUCUACUGUGCUCUGUACACAGUACAACUCAGCAUUAACAACUACUAUCGUAGGCUGCAUCAAGAAUGUCCUGGUGACAUACAUUGGCAUGGUGUUCAGUGGAGACUACAUUUUCUCUUGGACUAACUUCAUAGGUUUAAAUAUCAGCAUUGCUGGCAGCCUGGUAUAUUCCUACAUCACUCUCACAGAGGAACAGUCCAGCAAAGCAAGUGAAAAUACCAAGAUGGACAUCAAGGGCAAAGUGGUUGUAUGACGGAGUCACUGGAUUUUAUUAUUUCUAUGCCAAUGAACAGGGAAACUAUCUAGUACAACUUUUAUUAAGUGAUUUAGCAGAAAUUAAUGGGAAUGGUUUGGAGGCAAAUUGCUGUUAAUGCGAUGUGGAGUCAUGUUAUCAUGACUCAUCUGCUGUUGUCGUGGUUACGAAACCCUCCCAGAGGGAUCGUGGGUGGAUUUUUAUUUGGCAUCUUCUUUUUAAAUAUUUGUAUUUUGAUACUAUACUUGUAUUGAGAAGAAGGGAAUGGUAUUUAUCUUGUGCUUGCUGAUACAAGCCAAACAUUAAAUGUUGGGAUGAUGUAAGGUUUGCUAAACACAGGAGCCAACAGCUGAAAUUAUUUUUUUAGCGUGUGUAAUGAUGAAUCCUGGGAAAAUAGUUAUUGUAAAGACACAAUCCUUGCUUUUUGCCUUUUCUCGUAUGCUGUUUACAAGGAAUGUAACUUCUGAUGCCUUCUUAGCAUGUGGAAAUGCACCAACACGGUCAUCUGUCGUUUCAGUGUUUCUUUAGAUUGUUAAACAGUGUUAUAAGCUUGUUACAGAUAAGUGGCAAUGACAGUAAUCUGACCUCAACCUUCAAACAUCCAAAGCAGAUGGGUAGUGGCUUGUUGGAUACCGUCAAGGAUUGUGGCUUUUUAAUAACGUCGCCGCUUCCGUUGGGAGAUCGUUCAACAGUUUACAUUUUGCUUCCUCAGUGUUACAGAAUGUUGAGGACUCUCGAGCCGUCAGUCUCUAUGCAGAAUUAACAAAUGGUACCAGUAGUUUAUUUGUAUAAGGGCAUUUGUGUUUUUCUUUUUUUAACACAUUAUCGCACUUUUUACUGAGGUAGCGCCUGCAAAAAAGUCACCUGUUGUUUUUGAGCAUGGAUUGUGUUACUUUGUUUCAGGUUUCUUUUAUUACAGGAAAAACAUGGUUAUUUAAACCUUUAGUCAGGUACAAUUAUGGCCUUUUUUACAUUUAUAUCUACAUUUUUAUUUAUUUUUUUUUAUUUUGUAGGUGGAGUGGCUUGUGAAUUGUUGAUGCUGACCUUAAACACAGUAACCAUCGAUUUGUAGAUGAAACACUAUGUAUUUUUACAUUAAAAUAUGUUUCUCUGUUGA